AUGCCUGAGCGCGGGCGACUGCGAGCGCAUUCGGAGGUCUCGCUCUCGGCGCUUAAUGCGCUCGAGAGCCGCUCUGCUCUCACGCAGCCCCGCACGAUCGAGCUGGAUGCGCCCCCUCCGCCGCCUCCGCGGCGGCGGCGGGUAAGGGCUGGCAGCACUCGCGAGCCGGCGCGCUGCUCGAGGCAGCGGUCAGUGGAGGCUUCAAUCGUGCUGGACGGCUUCCUUCUGCUCGAGGCAGCACGUGUGGAGGACCCCGAAGAGGCCGAGCGGAUCGUUCUCGAGGGUUGCGGCCUCUCGCGCGUCGUUGCAGAGGACCUGGCCUUCUUCACGAGGCUCACUCACCUCGACCUGGGUGACAACGGCGUGGAGCUGGAGGAUCUGGCGUCGCUGCCGGCGCUCGAGGAGCUUCAUAUCGACUGCAAUGGCCUGACGCGGCUCCACGUCCCAGAGAACAGCUUUGCCCGCCUCGAGAUUCUCAACGUCUCGUUCAAUGGAAUCGCGCCAGACACAAUCGUCUCGCUCGGCAGCUUGCCCAUGCUAAAAGAGCUGGACCUCUCGAACAACCGGCUGGCGGAGCUCCCCGCCUCACUCGCAUCGCUCACGUCGCUCCGGCAGCUCGCGUGCGACAACAAUCGGCUCAGCUCUGAGAGCGUGAUCCACUCCCUCGCGACGCUACCCAAGCUCUGCUCGCUCUCGCUCGCGCGCAACGCGAUCGAGCGGCUCCCCGCAAGCGUCGAAGAGGGCGGCUUCGCGAUGCUCGCGUCGCUUUCGCUCGCGCACAAUUGCAUCGAGCACGAGAGCGACGUCGCACCACUCCUGCAGCGCCUGAGCAGCCUCUCCAGGUUGCUCCUCUACGGCAACCCCUUUGUCAGCCGCACCGAGUCGGGGGGCCUGAGCCUGACCAACCCGCAGGCGCGAGCGCAAUCGUCGGGGCUCGACGGGGACGCGGACGAGGAGGAGAGCUCCUUCUUCCUCACCGGCGCCGGCGCCGCUGAGAGGCGAGGCGAGCUGACGCAGGACGAGGCGCUCGAGCAGCUGGCGCUCGAGCUGAGCAGCAUCCCCGUUGACCACAGCCGGGACACGCCGUCCGCCGUGGCCGCCCUCCGCGCGGCCUUGCGCCGAGUCGACGAUGCGCCGCCGCUGCUGAGCGACGCGAGCUUCCUCCAGCAGACGGCGUCAACCAGGGCCAAGGCGCGACCGAGGGGCGGCCGUCGGGGAGGCGCUUGCACGGCGCCCGCGCCCGAAGACCAGCCGCCGCCGCCGCUAUACACCGGGGGCGCAGACGCGCUGGACCUGGGCCCGAUGACGCUCGUCCGGGCGGGGCGUUGA